AUGCACUGCGCUCGGCAGCUCAUCACCUACGCCGGGAUCUUGUUGGGCUACCGGCGAAUCAACGAGGCAAUUGAGGAGCCGGUAAUUGUCGAGUUCGUGAAGAGAUACUGGGGAGUGGUUCUGGCGCAUGCGGUGGCCCCCUCCGACCAAGCGGAUGGGCAAGCCUACCAGGCUGAGAUUUUUCAGCGACUCGCGCAGAGUGACGAAGAGCUGCUCACUCUUGCGGAGGAGGGAUGCCAGAACAUUUGCAGUUUCUGCAUGAGCAUUAUUCCUGGCCUACCGCCGAUGGACACGCCAACCAUCAAGCCGAUUGUUCAGCUUCUAUGCCUCUGGGUGCGGUACAUUAUUUCUUCCGCCGACGAGGUGGAGAAGCCAUAUGUCCAUGCCGCAGAUGGAAGGCUUGAAGUGCUGCAUCCCCUGGCAGAGAGCUUGUGGCACAAUGCUGUGAAAUCCAUCAAGGGCGAGAAGGGUGAGACGAUCCGGAAGCCACCUCCCAGAGAAGAGACGAAAGCUUUCGUGACUGCAGCAUUCCCUUCUGUGAACUUGGGCGCUACGGUGCUGGUGGAGGUGAUGGCAAGCCAGCUUAUCGCGUGCAGGGCCAACGGUGUGGCCAGCUUCUUGACGCCGUGUACAGAUCCCCUGUGGAUCCUACCUUUCCUGGUAUGUGCCGCGGUGGCUGCCUAUGCUGUUGGUUAUGCAGUCCAGAAGGGCAACCUUAACAACAUUUUGUCGUUGCCUGAUUUGCACGGCAACCUCUGCGGCAGCGGGUUAAAUCGGGGCAAGCCAUUCCUCUACUUUUGCAUGCAGAAGGACAGCCAGCACAUCAUGGAGGGCAAUCAGAAGAGGCUGGACAUGGCAAAUCCCAUUUGCGUUGGGAUUUGUCCGGGCACAUACAACACAAGCAGCCGGUGUUGGCUGCCAAUUCACGAAAGCUAUGCGUGGGUGCAGGACUAUCCAACCCAACCGUUCAUUGGCCUCGUGUGUAGGCCGUCAAUGGUCUACACCAAAGCUGUGUACGACCAGGUCGUUCUUUGGAUGCUGCAGUGGUUUUGGUUCGAGACUGUGGACAGCUCGCCGAUGCAGUUGCGUGUCAUUCAUGCACAUGAUCACACGCGCACAUGCACGGACAAGUGGUUCUGUACGAUCGCAGGUUGGCCUAGCAAGAAGCAGAAUGUGAGUGCAACUCCAAGAAUUCCAUAG